AUGCGGUAUCUGGACGAUUACUUGGCACUUUGGUCACAUGCAAGAGAAAAACUGGAAGAGUUUCUAAAGUUUGUAAACCAGAUUGAUGCAAAAAUUCAAUUCACGAUGGAAGUAGAGGACGGUGAGCGGCUACCGUUCCUGGACGUUGAAGUGGUUCGCUUUAAUGGGACACUCAAAAAGAAAUUGUACCAAAGAAGUCCUAUGCAGGUGAUAAUACUCAAUUUCCGGUCCCAUCACAAUUACAGACUGAAGAUUGGAAUAAUGAGGAGCAUGAUCAUCAGAAGCCUACGCCUGACGGAUGCAGAAUUCUGGGAAGAUGAGCUGGACAAAUUGACGAGGAUAUUGCUCGGCAACGGUUACCCAAUCGAAGUGAUACAAAGUAGCAUACGUUCUAUGAAAAGCCGAUGGCAGAACGGGGACUAUGAAAGGACAGAAAGGACGAUGAAUGAAGGAGAAAUCAACACUUUUCACAAGUUUACAAAUUGGAUCUUUAUGAGUUUAGUGUCUAUUAUGCGGCAGCUGCUGACAGAAAUAUAUUGGCGAAACAGGGAGACAAAUUAG